AUGGCUUCCAACGCCCCGGCGAGAUGCUGCACUCUUGGAAGCUUGUUUGAAGGCAAGCCCACGGGCAAGCUCACCAAAAUCGACAACAAAAUCGAAGCCUACGUCGCCACUCCUCCCGAGGGCAAAGUCCACAACGGCUAUGGAAUUCUCUACCUUCCCGAUGUCAUUGGUAUCUGGCAGAACAGCCAGCUGAUGGCAGACCUCUUUGCCGAGCAGGGUUACGUCACCGUCGUGCUUGACCUGUUCAACGGCGACCCUGUCAAGCUGAAAAACAAGCCCGAGGGCUUCGAUAUUAUGACCUGGUUGAACAAGGGCACCGAUGGAAACAACCCCCAUACUGUGCCAUAUGUCGACCCCAUUGUCGAGGCUGGUAUUAAAUACAUCAAGGGGCUGGGAGUAACGAAACUCGGAGCUGUUGGCUACUGCUUCGGUGCCAAGGUUGUUCGCCACUACAAGGAUGGCAUCAACGUCGGCUUCGUCGCACACCCCUCCUUUGUCGAAGAGGACGAGCUCGCUGCCAUUAGCGGUCCUUUGUCUAUUGCUGCCGCGGAGACGGACAGCAUAUUCCCCUCCGACAAACGGCACAAAUCUGAGGAGAUUCUCAAGGCCACCAAGCAGCCUUAUCAGAUUAACUUGUUUUCUGGGGUGGAGCACGGCUUUGCUGUUCGUGCUGAUUUGAAGGUCAAGGUACAAAAGUUUGCCAGGGAGCAGGCAUUCUUGCAGGCAGUGGCUUGGUUCGAUAACUACCUACUGGAGGACCAUUAA